AUGGUUAGAGUGUUUAGCAUAAUAAAAAUAACUAAUGUUUUAGUGAGGAAUGUUUUACCAACUAACUAUCCCUUAUAUUUCCAAAGUGAUUAUCAAGUAUUAAGGAUAUUAGAGCAAAUUGAGCAAUUAUUAAGACCUACAAUAGCAAUAUUUGCAUUCCCUCCCCUUGUCAAACGAUCUGCUUCUACCAAGACACCACGAAUUAAAUUCGUAUGGUUAGCAGAAAAGCGAGAGAUUUUUCUUAUCAACCCCGAUAGUCCUGAUGACUGUUCCUAUGCAGAAACAAAAAUUUUUCAAGAAAUUAAAGAAGUCAACCAAGUCAUAGAAAAAACCGAAGAAAUUUUAAUAGAAAAAUUUGCCCAAAAUUUAGAUAAUUACUACAUAACAAAGGAAAUAUGCAAAGAAGAAAAUUAUAAUCCUAAUUGCUUAAAAUCCUUUAAUAAGGAAUUAAAAAGUAAAGAUCCUAACACAUUUUUCGACAAUUUACAUAAAUUUAUUUACUUUCUCGUUCACGGAAGAAACAAAGAUUUAACUGAAAAAAUGCACAACAACCGAGCAGAAAAUAGCAUUUUUUGUGGAAGUGAAAAAGAUAUUUUAAUAAUUGCUGAACCUGAAACAUAUAGAUUUAUUAAGCAAAACGACACUAAUGAUUUCUUAAAAAAUUUAGUGGGUGAUAUAAUUUGUGCUAAUCUAGAAAAUGGAGUUAAACUUAUUAUGGUCGCUAAAUGA